CACAGGCGGGCUCGAGCGCAACGAGGUGCUGACCAACCUCGUGCUCAUGAGCAACAACAUCGGCGACGAGGGCGCCGCUGCGCUGGCCUCCGCUCUUCGCGUCAACGGGGUGCUGACCAACCUGAACCUAUUCUACAACAGCAUCGGCGACGAGGGCGCCGCCGUCCUCGGCAAGGCGCUCGAGGGCAACGCGGUGCUGACCUCCUUGGACGUGGGCAGCAACAAUAUCGGCCCGGGAGGCGCCGCCGCGAUCGCCGACGCCCUUCGCGUCAACGGGGUACUGAACACCCUCUGGCUCGGUCACAACAACAUCGGCGUCGAGGGCGCGAAGGCGAUCGGCGGCGCUCUCGCGGCCAACGGGGUAUUGACCGAGUUGGACCUCGGCGGGAACGAGAUCGGCGACGAGGGUGCCACCGCGCUGGCCUCCGCUUUGGAGGUCAACGGGGUGCUGAAAAACAUCGACCUCCGCUACAACAGUUUGGGCGACGAGGGGAAGGGAGUGAUUCGAGAUGCGGUGAGCGGGCGGGAAGGGUUCAAGCUCGAGAUGUGAGUGGGCUCUGAAGUCGGCGCAGGGAGGUGCAUGAAACCGGACAGUCUUGUACUCUACGUGGUAGCGCAUUCAGUACGGCUUCUGUACCACGAUGCGUGUUUUCUU